AACCACCUUCCUCUUCUUCCUUCAUUAUUUGUUUCAGCUGUUCUUCUGGCUAUUUUGGCAGAGAUGCUACCCCUUCCUCCUCCACCUGCAUCUCCAAUACCUCCUUCACCACUACUACAAGCCCAAAAGCAAACUAAUCCCCUUCCUCCUCCACCUGCAUCUCCAAUACCACCUUCACCACUACUACAAGCCCAAAAGCAAACUAAGCCACACUCUCUAAAUCAAAUUAUCAUACCAAAGUAUGCCCAGAAUCAAGGCCUGGUGCCCGAUGCAGCAGCAAAUCAUGAAUCCAGAAAAUCAGAAAAACAACCUAUGCUCCGGCCACCUCAGGCUCGACGAACCAAUCCACUUAUAUGGUGUUGUGCAAUAGUAUGUCUCAUAUUCAGCCUUAUUCUUAUCUUCUUUGGAAUUGCAACUUUGAUCAUGUUCCUUGUUGUUAGACCUAGAAUUCCAUUGUUUGACAUUCCUAAUGCAAAGCUCAACACUAUCUACUUUGACUCACCAGAGUAUUUCAAUGGUGACUUCGCUUUAUUGGCAAAUUUCUCCAACCCAAAUCGGAAAAUAGAUGUAAGAUUUGAGUAUCUGCAGAUGGAACUGUACUUUUCUGAUAGGCUCAUAGCAACUCAGUCUCUUGACCCUUUCACUCAAAGACCUCGAGAAGGAAGGUUGGAAGCAGUUCACUUGGUAUCCAGCUUGGUUUACUUGCCUGAGAAUCAUGCUGUGGCGCUUCGAACCCAGGUGCAGAACAACAGAGUCGACUAUAAUAUAAGAGGAACAUUUAGAGUGAGAGCCAGUCUGGGACUGAUCCACUUUUCCUACUGGUUGCAUAGCAGAUGCCAAUUACAGAUGACAGGUCCACCGACUGGUGUUUUAGUUGCCCGAAGUUGCAGAACUAAAAGAUGAUGAUGAGAAGCAAAACUUGUACCAUCUUUCUUUUUUCUUCUGUCUGCAUUGAGAUCUAAAUGGAAUUCUUGGUGUAUAACAGUGAGUGUAUAAUAUGAUACAUGAACAUUCUAUCCUACAACAAAUGAAGUUUGUUUUGUGA